ACCAGGAAGAGGAAAGAGAUGAGCCGUCAGACCGCUGCAGCAUUACCCACUGGCACCUCCAAGUGCCCGCCAUCCCAGAGAGUACCUGCCUUGACUGGCACAACUGCGUCCAACAAUGACUUGGCGAGUCUUUUUGAGUGUCCUGUCUGCUUUGACUAUGUGUUGCCACCUAUUCUUCAGUGUCAGAGUGGCCAUCUUGUUUGUAGCANCUGUCGCCCCAAACUUACAUGUUGUCCCACCUGCCGGGGCCCAUUGGGAUCCAUUCGCAACUUGGCUAUGGAGAAAGUGGCCAACUCAGUACUCUUCCCUUGUAAAUAUGCCUCUUCUGGAUGUGAAAUAACUCUGCCACACACCGAAAAGGCAGAGCAUGAGGAGCUCUGUGAGUUCAGGCCUUACUCCUGCCCCUGCCCUGGUGCUUCCUGUAAAUGGCAAGGCUCCUUGGAUGCUGUCAUGCCCCACCUGAUGCAUCAGCACAAGUCCAUUACCACCCUGCAAGGGGAAGACAUAGUUUUCCUCGCUACAGACAUUAACCUUCCCGGUGCUGUCGACUGGGUGAUGAUGCAGUCUUGUUUUGGCUUUCAUUUCAUGUUAGUCUUGGAGAAACAAGAAAAAUACGAUGGCCAUCAGCAGUUCUUUGCAAUUGUACAACUGAUAGGAACACGCAAGCAAGCUGAAAAUUUUGCAUAUCGACUUGAGCUAAACGGUCAUAGGCGGCGAUUGACUUGGGAAGCCACUCCUCGGUCUAUUCAUGAGGGGAUUGCAACAGCCAUUAUGAAUAGUGACUGCCUAGUGUUUGACACCAGCAUUGCACAGCUUUUUGCAGAAAAUGGCAACUUAGGCAUCAAUGUAACUAUUUCCAUGUGUUGAAACGGCAAUCAGAUAUUUCUGGCCAGUGUUUAAAAUUUGCAUUUGACUUCACAGAGAAUAAGCACCCAUCUGCUUGCCAACCUAAAACUUUCCUGGUAGGUAGAAGCUAGACAUGAAGGUAAAUAAAAAGAAAAGCUGUUAAUACAGGAAACAGUUGCAUGUAGUAACACUAAUAUAUUUAAAAAUAAUUCAACAGUAAACCACUGAAAAAUAUAUAUACCCAAGAUGGGCAUCUUUUGUAUUAAGAAAGGAAACAUUGUAAAAUAUUUCUGAACUUUGUGUUUGUUGUAGAUUGAUUGUAUUGUUGACAAUUUUUCGGGGGUGUGUGUCUGUGCACGAAUGCGUGCACGUGUGUGGUUGGUUUUCCUUUAACUGACAAGCCAUCUGCGUGGUCAUAGACCACUGUUUCCCCUGUGAGUCAACACAUAGUGCUGCUGUGGGUUUGUUUUUGUUUUGUUCUUUGUUUUGUUUUUGUUUUUUGAUGUGUGUUUUUGCUAAUUUUUAUUCUAGUUUUUCAUUAAAUAAAUUUGACUUUCUUUUCUGUAAUUCAGGUUUUUCUCACUUUUGUACCUUUUAAGUUAGUGUCUUUUUGAUAUUCAUAAUUGCUUAAUGUCAAAAGUUUGUGUUCAGUACAUACUUUCUUUUCCUUCAAUCAAUUUAUUAGAAAUAUUUUUAAUUUAGCCCUUUUGUGAAAAUAGGAAUUCCAGAAAGGAAAGGUAGCAGAGCAGCUGUCACGGCUGAAGCGAGCGAGUGCAGGUGGUCUUGUCUCUCGAUUACGGUCCCACGUGAGUCACACCGUCAGGUCAGGCUAACUCUUUGAAAAGUUAGGGAGUAAACUCUGCUUUAUAUAAAUUUAAAAAAAAAAAUCAGACUUUUCCUCUCUUCAAAUGUCUUGGGCAAAUCACAUGUUUAAAUUGGUUCUUGUAUUUAUUGGUUUUGCAAAAGAGUGCAUCAUCAUACACAGUAUUUGUAAUUAAAGUAAAUAUUUGUUUUUUAAAAAAGGCAGUUUGCAAAAAAUGUUUUUGGUCUUUUAUAAUUCUCAUUAAAAGAUUAUCUGGCAAAUUAAAAAAAUUUAAUGUGUUUACUUUAGCUCUAGGUUGUGUUGUUGUUGUUGUUUUUGUUUCCCUGGAGCUGAGGACUGAAUGUAGGGCCUAGCACGUGCAAAUGCUCUACCCCUGAGCACAUCCCCAACCCAUAAGUUUGAUAAAGUCCAAAGGCGUUUUCCUGGUCCAGUGUGUAUUUUAGAGCAGAAGACUGUAUGUUUGAAGUAUGUUUUAUUCUGAAUCACAAAAAAGACUGGACAUCUCUCACUUUCAUUCCCAUAAGGACAUUAGGAAUAUGGCUAAUUAAU